GCCGGGGGGCGCUCCGCGCAUGCGCAGCGCGGCACGAAGCCGGAGCGGCGGCGACGGGGAAAUGGCGGCCGCGGGGCUGGCGGCGCCGGAGGGCGGCUCCGCCGUGAUGCCGCUGGGCGCCGCGGUGGCGACGGCGGCGGCGGUCUGUCCUCCUCCGGCGGGCCCCGGCUCGUGGAGCCGUUCCUUGGACCGAGCUCUGGAAGAAGCGGCGGCCAGCGGCACGCUCAGCUUGAGCGGCAGGAAGCUCCGCGACUACCCGCGGGCCAGCGCCGCCAACCACGACCUCAGCGACACCACCCAGGCCGAUUUGUCACGGAACAGACUGUCAGAGCUUCCAGCAGAAGCAUGUCACUUUGUCUCCCUUGAGAGCCUUAAUGUGUACCAGAACUGCAUUCGAUAUAUCCCAGAGGCUGUUUUGAACUUACAGUCUUUAACAUUUCUAAAUAUCAGCCGAAACCAGCUUUCAACGUUGCCAGUGCACCUCUGUAGUCUACCACUAAAAGUUUUGAUAGCAAGUAAUAAUAAAUUGGUUUCAAUACCUGAAGAAAUAGGACAGCUCAGACAGCUGACAGAGCUUGAUGUGAGCUGUAAUGAAAUACAAACAAUACCUCCGCAGAUUGGCAAUUUGGAAUCCUUACGGGACCUAAAUGUCAGAAGAAAUCAUCUGGUGCGUUUACCUGAAGAGCUCGCCGAGUUGCCUUUGAUUCGGUUAGAUUUCUCCUGCAAUAAAAUAACAACAAUCCCAGUUUGUUAUAGGAACCUCAGACAUCUGCAAACCAUCAUGUUAGAGAACAACCCUCUCCAGUCACCCCCUGCACAGAUAUGUAUAAAAGGAAAAAUCCACAUAUUUAAAUACCUGAAUAUAGAAGCAUGCAAGAUAGCUCCAGACUUGCCCGAUUAUGAUAGGAGACCCAUGGGAUUUGGAUCUUGCCAUGAGGAACUUUAUUCCAGUCGUCCAUAUGGAGCACUUGAUUCUGGCUUCAACAGUGUGGACAGUGGAGACAAAAGAUGGUCAGGGAAUGAACCAACAGAUGAGUUUUCAGACCUCCCUUUACGUGUGGCAGAAAUCACUAAAGAACAGAGACUGCGAAGAGAAAGUCAGUAUCAAGAAAACCGGGGGAGCACAGUUGUAACUAACGGUGGAGUGGAACAUGAUCUCGAUCAGAUCGACUAUAUUGAUAGCUGUGCCACAGAAGAGGAGGAGGAAGAGGUGAGGCAACCCAAGUGCAUGGACUCAGACAGCCUCAGCUCACAAUUCAUGGCAUAUAUUGACCAGCGGCGAAUCUCUAAUGAGGGCUCCCCAGUAAAGCCUGUAUCCCUAAGAGAAUUUCAAAAAACGGAAAACAGAUACUUACACCAAAAUAGGGAUACUGAUGAAUUACGAAGACCUGAAACUCUAAAUUUGGUGCAGGACAGAGAGCAUCACCAAGUACUAAGGAGUUAUGCGGACAGGACAGAGAGGCCCCCAGCUGAUUCACCGUAUUUUCUCUCUCUAUCAAGUCACCACAGUCAGGUGCCCAAUACAGAUCCCGAGCUGCACCGCAGGCACAUAGAGCGUACCCGUCGAGAGGCACAGCUAGCAGCACUUCAGUACGAGGAGGAAAGGAUGAGAACGAAACAGAUCCAGAGAGAAGCUGUUCUUGACUUUGUUAAACAAAAAGCAUCUUUAAGUACCCAGAAGCAAAGUCCUUUGGAUAGUGAGUGUCCCUUUCCAUCCAGAAGGUCUCAGCAUACUGAUGAUAGUGCCUUGUUAGUGAGUGAUGACAGAUCUACCAUCUCUCCUGGCUCACCUACCACACAGACAGUCCACCUUUCCCCUCCAUAUCCUGGUCAUGCAGCCCCGCCUUCCUAUAGAAACCCUUCCCAGCGACCUGAGAGUUUCCUUUUCCGAACAGCUGUCAGGGAUGAAGCAAACAAAGUGGUUACUUCACCUUCUACACACGCCUUGUCUCCCGUUAAUGACUGUGCAGACCCCAGAGUCAGACAAAACUCCAAACAGCGUGAAGAGGAGCUGGAGCUAAUAGAGCAGCUCCGUAAGAAUAUUGAAUCACGAUUGAAAGUGUCACUGCCCAGUGAUCUUGGAGCAGCUCUCACCGAUGGUGUUGUUCUGUGCCAUUUAGCUAAUCAUGUGCGUCCUCGGUCUGUUCCCAGCAUUCAUGUCCCCUCACCUGCUGUUCCUAAACUUACGAUGGCAAAAUGCAGACGAAACGUGGAGAAUUUCUUGGAAGCUUGCAGAAGGAUUGGAGUACCUCAGGAGCAAUUAUGUUUGCCUCUGCAUAUUUUAGAAGAGAAAGGUUUGACACAGGUAGCUGUGACUGUGCAGGCGCUCCUGGAGCUGGCACCCCCAAAGCAGCAGCAGCUUCACCACCUGUCUGCUGUGUAAAGACCUCCGGGACCUUUUGGGUUACCUUGGCUAAGCAGAAGGACGUCAAGACUUUACUGCCCAUGCAGUGCAUCCACACACACAGAGCUCUGUCCUAAGGAAAGGAGUUCCCGUGAUUCCUGACAGGAAUGUUUUGCUUCGUUUCUCCAUUUUUUUUGGAGAUCACAACAGUUUCCAAUAACGUUUUUAUUAUUGAUAUUUUUGCCCCCUACUGGGAAAAAAAAAAAAGUUUGUUGUGAGGAGGGCAGGGACUUGCAGUGGCUAGCUGUUGGAGCCAGCUGUAGAAACUGACCUUGUAGUUUGAAGACAUUGGUGUACGCAGUUUGGAAAGCUGUUCCUACAGGAAUUUAUUUGUUUAAAAAAAAAAAAAAAAGGAUGUUGCUGGAGUGGGCACAAGGGGAAUGAAAUUUCAUUCCUUCCUCCUGGGAUUCAAAGAAAGGGAGUUUCUUUGCCUCCAGAGAACAUCUCUUUCCAUUAUAUAAACAUAUAUAUUUAAAAUAUAUAUAUAUAUUGCAACACAAUCUUAACCUGCACAGUGUUUCAUAAGAAUCAAACCUUGUGCAGCUUUCACCUAUGUUGGCAUGUCCUCGUUACUUAAUAUUUGAAGGGGGAUUUUUUUUUUUCUCCAAAGGAAAAAGUAAUGCAUGUUUUCUCCACAAGAAAUACUUUAGUAAUAAAAAAAAAAAAUCAGAGCUACUUAAAUCUCCCCUCCUGGUCAGGUAAGGAUGCAUUUGGUUACUCAGUAUUUUUUUCAAAUGAAUGUCAAGAAUCACGUACAUGUUUUCACUGCAGCGCGAAGAAUUACAGCCUGCCGUGCAGGUCAUUAGAAAUCCAUUAUCAAAUAAUACAUUCAGAAGGGGCUGGAGCAUCCCAUGCAGACAUGCCAGCACUGGUGAGUGUCCCAGCCACUGAGAAAUUCACUGUUUUUAAGAACAGAGUUAAGGAAUUUCCACCAGUGGGCUGCAUAUCAUUAACACAGCAAUCCUGCAGAAGGUAGCUUCUACAUGUGGGUUUGACAGGACUUACAAGCCUUUAUCAUAGUAUUCACACAGAUGCACUGGUUUACAAAACUACCAUUGCUUUUUUCCUCUUUCUUUAACAAGAAAAUGGAAAUUCAAUAUACAGGAAUGGGAGAGGCAGCAGGCAAGUUUUGGGUUUUGCUUGAAAGCUGACCUGCAGAACAAAGACCAGCUCUGUGCUUUAGGCGCAGUGACAAGGCCAAGCUUGACCAGAUCAGUCACAACACAUUUUUUCCCCCAAAAAACGACCUUGUAAAAUCCAGUUCUCCACCUAUGCAGUUCUUUUGCUGGUUCCUGACCCAUUUAAAGCAUGCCAGAACAGCGUGCUACUACCGUGUUGCAUGGGGUCUGGGACCAACAUCAGGCAUUGGAGGUACAUCUGAAGCAGAAUACACCGAGAGGAUUGCAUGGGGACAAAAGAAGGAGAAGAACUGGGAAGUGGCUAGCUAAAAGCCAGUUUUGCUGAAGUAAACCUGCCAUAGGAACACUGACAAAGAAUGUUAGCUGGAUUUUUCCCCUUUAGAUUUGCAGUUUCUUUCCACCUUUUUGCUUCAUGUUUGCUUUCAGGACUCAUGGUGAGUGUUGUAUCCCUGGUUCACACAGUGACUCCAGUUGCUUCUUACUGGCAUUGGCUGAUCAUGGUGCAAGUUAAGCACGUGUGAAGGGUAUUUCAAACUGCACAGCUGAAAAAAAAACCUUUUCAUGCUAACUAGCGUGUUGCCCCGAGCUCUGCGAGAAAUGCAAAUGCCAAUAACUUGCAACGUGUAGAGAAGAGAGCAGUCCCAUGCAGACCUGCUUUCCUCCUCACGUAGCUCUUGUGUUUCCCCUAAUUCCACUUGCAAGGCCUGUUGGUGAUUCGUGAACGGUUACGUAAGUGUCAGAAGUCUCUGCUGUAGUUUGUUGUGCGGAUGAUCGUGCCGCUCACAGCAAGCAGCACAGCCCACAAAUGUUUCUUGUGUCUUCGUCUCUCAAGUAAUUUGAAAGAGGGGGACACUGCAUUCAUCUUAGUUUUCAACAUUAGGUCAUUUGUAUCCUACGGAGGCACGUUACAUUUUAACAGCGCACCCUUCAUAGGUUAUUUAAAUGGUCCUGUUUGAAGACAACUGUUCCUGUCAGGGGAUUGUGAGAGGGUGCGUUGUUUGCUUCAGUCCAGCUUCCAGCACUUAGAGAAAAUAAAACUUAACAGUAUUCAGGUUGGUGGAAGCUUGACAUUUCAUUAAUAGUAGGUUUUAGGAAUUAAUGGGGUGGGGAGUUGAGUCUGAACUGCAAGAAACAGCCGCUUUUUAUUGUCUGGUUAAAACAAUCACUCACAUAUACAGGCAGUAAGUGCAUGCACACAGCAGCUGAAUUCAUGUGAAAAGCAGUGUUUGCAUGACGGGGAUGGUUGUAUGUAUGUCCGAGUAUCACUUACGUUGUUAGAAGCAGCAGUUCGCUCUGCCGGUUUCAGAUGUAUUUGGUCAUGUUAGUUUAACCCUUAUAGUCUUGUGUUUUCAUGCCGGCAAACACUAAAUGUUGACCAGAUGUUUAGGACAAAAAUCCAGACCUGAAGUUUCAUUGUAGGGCUUAUUUAAUGUAUUAUACCAAAAAAAAAAAAAAAAAAAAACUGCAGUUUCAUUUUACAAAAUAGGUUGGGAGAUUUUUUUUAGUGUAUUUAUGUGCAAUUUUUGUUGUGUCCAGUGAAAAGAACAUUUUAAAGAAACUGUAUAAAAUUAUAUUUUGUGUUAAAGAGGCAAUUGUUUUUUCCUUUCUGGGGCAUUUGUGUUGGAGGAUGUGGGAGGAAUCCAGCUGAGUGUUUCGUGCUUGCCGGUGUCCGUAUACUGACCCCAUUGUUCCACCAUCCUCCCUCAAACGGUGUCGAGCACUGAGCAGCAUUUGAGGCUCAGCAGCGUCACAGACUUGAAAUCAAGUGGCACUGGCACUCAGGAGUCCCUGAUGGCAUUGAAACGAUCAGGUCAAAGCAACUGGGAUUUGAUUCUUCCCCCUUGUGAAGGGGGGGAGCUUUGGUGGCCUGUUUAAAAUAGAUCAGAGAGAAUUUUUUACAGCACCGAGAACUCCUCUGUUGUUCUUGGUAGUGACACAACAGCAAAUGGUAUUUUUAUCCUUUUAUAGCUAUAAGAGGUCCUUUGAAAAAAUGUUUUAGAAACAGGACUUUUACGGUGAAUUUGGACAUUAAAAAAUUCUUUUGUAUAAAUAUUGUGAUGUUUUACAAAGCAAUCUAAUUUUGUUAUUUCUGAAAACAGUGUAAACGUGUAAUUAAUAGAGUAAAGGAUUUUAAAGCUUCAUCCCAUGCUGUAUGUCUGUAAAUACAUUCCAUAAUUUCUAAGUCUGUUAAGUAUAAAUAUGUUUGAAUAUUGUACACUUUAUUUUAAAUUGCCUGUAUUCUGCCAGUAGUGUGAACUUCUAGCACAUUAAUAAUAUAAAAGAAAACCAUGGGUAAUUUGAAAUAAAGUUUUAAGACUUACAUGAA